AUGAAUGCCGACCUCAGCCUCUCCCAAGCGCUCGGCGGCCUGCGCAUCGCCAAUCCUGACGACUCACCGAACCUCUCUCCCGACCCGUCGACUGCCCCGGAUGAUGGGCAGACAAACCAGUCCAGUACUGUGGCUGCAGCUAGGGAGAACCACAGUCUCCAGACUCCCCAAGAUGUUGAGCCCCAAUCAGCCGAUUGGGAAUCUCCUCACCGGCAACCCCACUCAUACGAAACAGCCGCCGCGAUUUUGAAGCACGCCCAGAAUAACUUGAAUGCGCAAGGUGUGGUAACUUCGACCGGCUUUGGCGACGACCCCCGCGUUGCAGGGCAAUAUGACGCGUAUUCGUCGGCAAACGGGGGUCAGCCGCCGGCCUUGUUGCAUGGCCAAAGUCGGCUAAGCGAGCAUGACCAGGGAGGGCCGUAUGCGGGCUUGAGAGACGAGCUGUCACGGUCGUCCGUGUACGGAAGGAGGAGCGACCCAAGAUUCGACCCGCCGAGUGCAUCACAAAUUCCGUCGCGUGAGCCGAGCCGGUCGCACCACUCAGGCCGGCCGGGCCUUGCCCAGCUAGGGAACGGCCAGAACGGCAUGCCGCCGCCCAGGAGAAGCUCGAAGGCGGCAGGGGGAGGAUAUGCCUCAAUCCCGGGCAUUCCGCAAGCGCCGUCCGGCAGCUAUGGGCCAGAGGCGCCAAUGCUCACAAGCAGCGAGGAGUGGAAGGACCGGGGCGCGGCAGUAAGCAUCAAAAGAGAGGUAGAUGCUGAAGGUAGGACAAUCAUAAAGUCGGUCAAGAAGGGGGUCCGGGACUUCUCGUUUGGGAGGGUGCUGGGCGAGGGUUCCUACAGCACCGUCUUUCUUGCCACGGAUCGCCAGACCCUCCGCGAGUAUGCCGUCAAGGUGCUUGAGAAGAAGCACAUCAUCAAGGAGAAGAAGAUCAAAUACGUCAACAUCGAGAAAAACACGCUCAAUCGCCUCACCGACCAUCCCGGUAUCGUCCGGCUCUAUUACACUUUCCAGGACGAGUCGUCACUCUAUUACGUCCUGGAUCUCUGCAACAACGGCGAGUUGCUAGGCGUCUUGAAGAAGACCGUGACCUUCGACAUUGAGUGCACGAGAUUCUAUGGAGCGCAGAUCUUAGACGCUAUCGCGUACAUGCACUCGAGAGGCGUCAUCCACCGGGAUUUGAAACCCGAGAACGUGCUGCUGGACGACCAGAUGCACAUCAAGAUCACCGACUUUGGCACUGCCAAGUUGCUGCCAGACCCACGGGAGCCAAGGCCGCCAGAAAACCGAUCAGGACAGGACGGCUCGCAGGACGACAAGAGCAACGCUUCUUUUGUUGGCACGGCAGAGUAUGUGAGCCCGGAGUUGUUGACGGACAAGGCGGUGGGCAAGCCGAGCGAUUUAUGGGCCUUCGGCUGCAUCAUCUACCAACUCCUCGCCGGCCGGCCUCCUUUCAAAGCCGCAACAGAGUACCUUACCUUCCAGAAGAUUGUUGGUCUGGACUAUGAGUUUCCUGCAGGCUUUCCUCCUGCUGCGCGGGAUCUCGUCGAGCGGUGCUUGGUGCUGGAUCCGGCUCGGCGCCUGACGGUGGAGCACAUCAAGAACCACGAGUUCUUUGACGGGCAGCCGUUUGGAAAGGAACUGUGGCGAAUGAAAGCGCCUCGCCUGCGUCCAUACGUCCCUCCGGCACAGGAGCCUCACAUCAUCCAGUUGAACGGCGCAGGAUCCAGCCCGCCGAAGCCCCCUACAUCUCGCGGGCAACAUGUGCCGCAAAAUGGCUCGCGACCGGCCAGGAUCAUCACGGAACUGCCCCCGCCGACGCAGCUGGACAUCGAAUGGUCUCCCGUGCUGACUCGGAACAACGAGAGGAUCUUGAAGCUCGGCGACCUGAUGGUAAUAUCGUCGCCGAUCCCCAACAGCCCGCACGGGCGAGGCGAGGGCGACGGACACAAGAAAUUGGCGCGCUUCUUUGGCGGGAACACCACCAAGAAGAGGCAGCGUCUCGUCAUGGUGACGUCGAGCGGACGCAUUGUGUUGGCCCCGGCCGGGGGCGAGGAGAAGCGCGCCAAGCAGGAGAUAUCGCUGCUGGCGCCGGAUUGCGUGUGGAAGACCCUGAUUGACGCCAAGGGUCAGACUGUGUGGUGCGUCGAUACGAAUGGCGUACACUACACCUUUGAAGAACCCAAGUCCUCGCGCGAAAACAGCGACGCAAAGUUCUCGGUGGAUGACUGGAUCGAGUCGCUGGAGCGGGCUAAGGAGCUCGCCAUCUCGCAGAACAUGAUUGGCUCGUACCAGGGCGAGAACGGAUUCGGUGUUGACAUGUCAUCGGCCAUGUCGAGCCCGGCGAGCACGAUGGGAGGAAGGGUGCCGAAUUUUGGAGGAGGGGUAGAGGGUUACAGCAUCAGCGACAGGUCGGGGCGCAACCAGCUUAACAAGAGCCAGGUCAGCCUUGAAGGUGGGGAUGUCAACGUCAAGCGGAAUCGGUUCAGUAAACGGCAGUCAAAGAAUGGGCUGGGGGCGGCUUUCUGA